AUGCAGGAUCGGGCGCAACAGCUACUAGCGGUGACAAUCACGCUUCUCGUCACUGCGUGGGUGACGGUCAGUUUGAGAUGCUUCGUGCGUUUAAAGCUAGUUAAGGCUUUUGGGAUUGAUGAUUAUCUGAUAGUCGUUUCACUGCUUAUCUUCACUUGCUUCUGUGGCUCUCAGUUAACGGGUAUUCACUAUGGCUUGGGACAACACAAUAGGGAUCUCACUGCCCCAAAUAUCAUACAAGCGCAAAAGUACCGAUAUCUCUCCGAAUUAUUCUACGUCCUUGACACGGCAUUUAUCAAGGCUUCGGUUGGGUUCCUCCUCUUACGCAUAAUGCUUAACGCUGCGAGCUACUACCGAGCUACUAUAAUCGUCUCUAUGGCGAUCAUGACCGUCUGGACACUUGUCAUCUGGUUCUACGUCCUCUUUCAAUGUCGACCUAUCAGUUAUGCAUGGGAUAUGUCUUCUGGAAAGGGAAAAUGUAUAACCUACGACGGAAUUUCGAAAGCCACGUAUUCAUUUUCGGCGAUGGAUAUAUUGUUCGAUUGGCUCUUCGCACUAUUACCUAUACCAAUGCUCUGGGACGUCAAACUGACAAUCCAAAUGAAAGCAUCGCUAUUUGCAAUAUUGGGAUUGGGAGUUUUCGCAAGUAUCUCAACCAUUAUUCGUCUGAAGUACACGACGGCAUUUAACGAUUCAGACGAUAUUCUCUAUUCCAUCGAGCAAGCCGAACUUUGGACCUUGACUGAAAUGGGCAUCGGAAUAUUCACAGCCUCGUUGGCGACACUCCGGCCCCUAGUCGGACACUUCCGUAUCCGCGGAUUUUCUUCCGGCUCUCGGGACCGUUCUAAUAGACCUACGGCGCGCAGCGGAUAUUUCCAGAGUUACGAUUUGGGAUAUAUACAGAAUACGGCGAAUGCGGGGAAGACGACAACGACGACACAUAGGCGGACAAUGAGUGACGGGCAUACAAGUGUGGAGAGUAUCCUUGAUCAUGGGAAAGGGAACAUUAGUAAGCGUACGGACGUUGAGGUUACUUAUGAGGCCAGGGAUUUGGAGGCGGCAACGUGA